AUGGAUGAAGCUAGUGGACUUCCUCAUGGACCCCCAAUGAAUAUACUUCCUCCGACCCCAGCAGGGUUGGAGAGUUUGUAUUCACUGUGUAGAAAAAUAUAUCCUGAUCAGGUUAACCCAUUACAAGUCACAGCAUUACUCAAAUUUUGGUUGGGUGGUCCUGAUCCUCUUGAUUAUAUUUCUAUGUAUGCUAACCCUGGAAUACCACAUGAAAAUAUACCUCCACAUUGGCAUUAUAUUAGUUUUGGUUUAUCAGAUUUGCAUGGCGAUGGAAGAGUCCAUGAUGUUACUGGACCAGAAAGUCUGUCUGGAUUUGGCUUCGAAUUAACAUUUAGAUUGAGAAGAGAGCCUGAGGAAACAGCACCGCCAACUUGGCCUGCAACAUUAAUGCAAUCUUUGGCUAAAUAUGUUUUUCAGUCAGGUAAUUCUCUGUGCUCUGGUGAUCAUGUUUCUUGGCAUUGUGCCCUGGACAACAGCGAAUCAAGAAUACAACAUAUGUUAAUGACAACAGAUCUACAAUUGAAGACAGCACAUACUCCAUUUGGAACUGUGGACUUUGUUCAGAUUGUAGGAAUAUGUGCUGAGGAAUUGAAGGCAGCUCAACAGUGGAAUGGAGCUGGUAUUUUAGAUAUGAUUACAAGGAUACCUUCAGCUGGGGUACUUGGCAUAUAACAGAUAUGAGAAGAGGAGAAAGCAUAUUCGAACUUGAUAUGAAUGCUCAUGAAGAAGUGGAAAGAGGAUUUGAGUUAGAAGGAUCAAAUUUGAGUGGAGUCAGUGCUAGAUGUUCAUGGAAUGAACAAGAUUCAUCUAAGCUGGAUAUUGGGCAUUUAAAAGAUCCAAAUGAUGAGCUAAAUGAUGACCUAAGGAUGAAUUCUGUCUUACAAGGCCGCUGUGUUGGUGAAUCAGCUGAACUGAUCAAUGUCAGAAAAUUGGAAGGAGUACAUUUGGUGUUCAAUUUGGAAGCUGGAAGCCUGCUACCUUUAGCAAUUCGGGGCAGAGUUAAACAUGGUAGACAUUUUACAUUCAAAUCAAUAUUGGGCGAGACAGCUGUCACUCUAGUAGCAGAUUCUGUAACAGGAACUUUGGUUGAUUCUGAGAAUCAUUACGUCUCUCAAGGAUCUUGGUUACAAGUAUUGAUACCUGACGAUUUAGCCCAAGAUAUGGCAGUCACCUUUCAGGUACUGGCAAACCCAGAAGCUUUAUCGUUACCGAAAACUUUUUCAUGGCCAGAUCGAAGACUCUCCAUAACCAUAGUCUCUGAUAAGUUACAAUAA